UUAUUGGAAAUAUUUUCAAAAUUCUUAUCUUUGAUUGAUAGUGGUUUUGGUCUUAUUGUUGAAAAAUAUAAGCUAUUAAGCUAAAUAAUAUAUUAUAUCAAUAUUUGGUAAGUCGAUUUAAAUUUCAAAUUAUUUAAGAAAACUGUUUUUACUUUUCUUUAUUCAUAGGCUGUGUUAUUUUUAUAUUCUAAACUUUCAAAUUUGAUGCGAUGUACGUAUAACAAUAUUCUAAUUCACCAAAUUAUUUUUAAACAUUAACUGAAUCCAACACUCCUCCAAUGAUGAUACUGGUUAAUGCGAAGAUUUUAUUACGGACCUGUUCGAUUUUGAGGUUUGUUUUCCCCGUUUUUCAACUUAUCCGUGGUACUUAACCUAACUUUCUUUACGUGAGCUUCAAAAAGUUUACGGAUUUUUAAUCCCAAAAAUUGUUUACUAAUGAGAUAUUUUUUAAAAAUCUUGCCACCGUAUUUAAAGAAACUGUCUACGGGUAUAGUAAAAACAGACACACAUGCUUGCUUACAGGUAUACGAACCAAUUAUGAAUAAAAAUAAGGAAGUUAGGAAACCCCGAUACGAUGGCCGGACAAAAAAGCGGCAAUGGGAAGAAAGACGAUCGGAUAAAGGUGAGGGUCUUGAUCCUACUUUGCCAAAAUUACAAAAAGUCAUCGAUAAAAUACCAGCAUCAGAGAAAACAUUAGCAGACAAAAUUAAGAGGAGGAAAUAUGCUAUUUUAUUGGGUUACUUGGGAACUGAUUAUUAUGGUAUGCAAAGAAAUCCACACACCAAAACUAUAGAAGAAGACCUAUUUAAGGCAUUGCUGAAGGCUAAUUUUAUUUCUCAAGAUUGUUAUAAUCAGGUACAGAACAUGCAGUUUCAAAGAGCUGCUAGAACUGAUAAAGGAGUCUCUGCUGCAAGGCAAGUAGUUUCUCUAAAGUUAGGCGAAAAUUUUGACAUUGGUAAGGUGAAUGUUGAGCUUCCUGAAACCAUUAGGCUCUUUAGUCAUAAGAGGGUAACUAAAGGUUUUAACAGCAAGUCACAAUGUGAUGCAAGAACUUACAUUUACCUUAUGCCGACCAUUGCAUUUGCAAAAAAAGACAGUGAGACUCUACAACGAAAUUUCCGAUUAGAUGGAGAAACUUUUAAAAAGAUAAAUGACCUGCUGAGGAUGUACCUAGGGACAAAAAACUAUCAUAAUUUUACAGCAAAAAAAAAACCUCAGGACCCCAGUUCCAAACGUGUCAUAAAGUCAUUUGAGUGUGAAGCACCUUUCAUAAAAGAUGAUGUUGAAUUUUGUAUUUUAAAGGUAUGUGGUCAAAGUUUUAUGAUGCAUCAAAUAAGAAAGAUGAUCGGGUUAAUUGUGUCCAUUGUUCGAGGACAAACGUCUGAGAAUAUUGUUAAUUUAGCAUUAUCAAUGGAGAAGGUGAAUAUUCCAAGAGUACCAGGUUUAGGUCUGAUACUGGAUCAGGUCCACUAUAAUUAUUACAAUAGUCGCUAUGGAUCUGAUGGUAUGCAUGAAAAACUCACAUGGGAAGAUGCUGAACCCGAAGUAAAAGAAUUCAAAGAAAAGUACAUCUUUCCCACAAUUAUCACAACUGAAAUAGAACAUGAAUCUAUGGUGGAUUGGCUCACUAGCAAAUUAAGGAAACAUUCCUUUACUGAGACGGAAGAAAAAGAUGGCAAUGACAGUGAUGAAGAUGCUGAAGAUGAUAAUGAUAAUGAAGAAAAAGUACAGAAAAACAAUGUGUAAUUUUUUAAGUUCAAUAAAAUUAUAUAUUAUUA